UUUCAUCCAAAGAGAUGCCGCCGUUGCCAACGAUGUACGCUUGUUCGUGCUUAUAAUGAUCUUUCUAUAAUUAGAAAUAUCGUAAAACGUUUAACGGAAGGCCCUCUUUUUCUGCAUUGCUUUUAACCUAUCAUUUAACAACUCCACGAUGUUCCAUGUGGAGCACGAAUGCGAAAUCACAACCGAGCACGAAGAUAUAGUUUUUCCUCCCGACAAUUUCUUCCGAAAUGCGUUUAACGCGUUCCGCUCUUCGCUGAUGGUAUCGAAAAAAAAUCCAGGUACCCACAAGUAUUUACGCAGUCGCGCUUCCAUAUUCUUGGAAAAGAAACGGCACUUGCAUAACUAUCAGUAUAUUCUUCAUCCAUUCAGUAUUUUUAGAUUUGUCUGGGAUAUCCUAAUGAUUUUAACGAUAACAUGCUUACUAUUGAUUGCUCCAUAUCAGGCUGUCUUUGAAAUGAAGCGUUCAAUUUAUUGGACAGUCUGUAAAAAUCUUUUACUUUUUCUUUGUUGCAUGGACAUAGUUGUUAAUUUUAUGACAGGAUAUUUUGAUAAGCUGUAUCAAAUUGUUGUGAUGGAACCGAGGAAAAUAAUGAAGAGAUACAUAAAAUAUGGUACUUUCCUGCCAGACUUACUGGGCUCUUUACCAACUGACAUCGCGUUUGUUAAAACGUGGGAGGAGAAUAUAAUUACACGCGAGCUAGUAUCUUUGAUGUGCGGAUUUCGCGUAUUUUCUCUCAGUUCUUAUAUGACAAAGAUUGUUCAAUCGUAUGACGCCCCAUUGGUUGUCUAUGAAGUCUGUAUCAUGAUAUUUUGGCUUAUAAUAGCAUUUCAAUGGCAAUCUUGCCUUUAUUGGCUGGUACCAAUAGCGACGACUUCCAUGUACUUACCAAAGCGUCCCGUCAACGAUUCCUGGAUACACGAGUUCAAUCUCUGGGAAGAAUCCAAAGGUCUACAAUAUCUAUCCAGUCUCUUACGCGCCGUUUCCACUUUCUUCGCAUCAGGCUUCUUGCACAGAAAGCCGAAAAACGAGGCGGAUCUCACGCUGGUGAUGCUCUUUCAUCUCUUAGGAGGUCUAAUUAUGUGUAUUCUAAUAGCUCGCGUGAACCAGCUCUACAGGAGCAUCAACAGUUCUAGGAUAAAAUAUCAAGACGUCAUGGUGCAACUCAAGCAGUAUAUAAAGCAUCGGCAACUACUGCAUCCGACUCAGUGCCGUAUCGAAGCGUACUAUGAGUUUUGUUUUCAACAUCAAUAUUUCUACGAGGCCGAGAUCCUCAACACCCUGUCGCCGCAAAUGCGACAGGAGAUCGGCAUGCACGUCUGCCGCAAACUCGUGGAGAACGUUACGUUUUUCGCCAAUCUGCCUCUUUCGUUGCUGGCGCGCAUCGUCGCUCUGCUCAAAUCCGAAAUAUUCUUGACGAACGACGUGAUUGUGCGAGUCAAUCAACCGGGUGACUGCAUGUAUUUUAUUGCCAGCGGCACAGUGGCUAUUUACACCGCUACCGGAAAGGAAGUAUGUCACUUGCAGGAUGGCGCGUACUUUGGAGAGAUCGCGCUGGUGAUGCCCGAGGAAAGAAGAGUGGCUAGCGUCAUCGCUGUUGAGAUCUGCGAGCUAUAUCGACUGGAUCGUGCCGAUUUUGCCAGAACGAUUCAUCCCUUUCCUAUGUUCUGGGAGCAAAUCAAGAAAAUAGCUGUCGAGAGGCAUGAGAGAACGGCCAUAAUGGCGUUAUAA